AUGGCGACGACGGAGGUACUCCCGUCCUCCGCUUCGGCUUCCUCCCCGGCCACCGCAGCGGCUCUCGGGGACGUGGAGGAUGAAGGGCUCCUGGCGUCGCUGUUCCGGGAUCGCUUCCCCGAGGCCCAGUGGCGGGAACGGCCCGACGUGGGCCGCUACCUCCGGGAGCUGAGCGGCUCCGGGCUGGAGCGGCUGCGGCGCGAGCCCGAGCGCCUGGCGGAGGAGCGCGCCCAGCUGCUGCAGCAAACGCGCGACCUGGCCUUCGCCAACUACAAGACCUUCAUCCGCGGCGCCGAGUGCACCGAGCGCAUCCACCGCCUGUUUGGCGACGUGGAGGCGUCGGUCGGCCGCCUGCUCGAGCGCCUGCCCAGCUUCCAGCAGAGCUGCAGGAACUUCGUGAAAGAGGCUGAGGAGAUCAGCUCCAACCGCCGGAUGAACACCCUGACUCUGAACCGGCACACGGAAAUCCUGGAAAUCUUAGAGAUUCCUCAGCUCAUGGAUACCUGUGUCCGAAACAGCUACUACGAAGAGGCCCUGGAGCUCGCAGCCUACGUUCGCCGACUGGAAAAGAAAUACUCCUCCAUCCCUGUCAUCCAGGGCAUUGUGAACGAAGUGCGCCAGUCCAUGCAGCUGAUGCUGAGCCAGCUGGUCCAGCAGCUGAGGACCAGCGUCCAGCUCCCUGCCUGCCUCCGUGUCAUUGGCUUCCUGAGGCGCAUGGACAUCUUCACUGAGGCUGAGUUGAGGGUGAAGUUUCUUCAGGCCCGAGAUGCUUGGCUCCGCUCCAUCCUGACUGCCAUCCCCACCGAUGACCCCUAUUUCCACAUCACAAAAACCAUCGAGGCCUGCCGGGUCCACCUGUUUGACAUCAUCACUCAGUACCGCGCAAUCUUCGCAGACGAGGACCCACUGCUGUCCCCGGCCCCGGGGGAGCACACCGUGAAUGAGAGUGCGAUCUUCCACGGCUGGGUCCUGCAGAAAGUCUCCCAGUUCCUGCAGGUGCUGGAAGCCGACCUCCACCGGGGGAUAGGCGGCCGCCUGGACUCUCUGCUGGGCCAGUGCAUGUACUUUGGGCUCUCCUUCAGCCGGGUGGGCGCUGAUUUCCGGGGCCAGUUGGCUCCUGUUUUCCAGCAGGUCGCUAUCAGCACUUUCCAGAAAGCAAUUCAGGAGGCGGUGGAGAAGUUCCAAGAUGAAAUGAACUCCUACACCCUCAUCUUGGCUCCAGCCAUUUUGGGCAGCAGCAACCUGCCUGCUGCUGUGCCAGCGACUCAGCCAGGGACCCUGCAGCCGCCCAUGGUGCUCUUGGACUUCCCACCCCUGGCCUGCUUCCUCAACAACAUCCUGGUCGCCUUCAAUGAUCUGCGCCUUUGCUGCCCCAUAGCCCUGGCGCAGGAUGUGACUGGGGUCCUGGAGGACGCCCUUGCUAAGGUAACCAGAGUCAUCCUGGGCUUCCAUCGUGCUGAAGAGGCUGCCUUCACCAAUGGGGAGCGAGAGCUUUUCAUCCAGUUCUGCACUGUCUUCCUGGAGGACCUCGUUCCUUAUUUAAAUCGCUGUCUCCAAGUCCUUUUUCCACCAGCUCAGAUAGCACAGACAUUAGGCAUUCCACCCACUCAGCUCUCCAAGUACGGAAACCUUGGGCAUGUCAACAUCAGCAUCGUCCAGGAGCCUCUCGCCUUUAUCCUGCCGAAGAAAGAGAUGGUCUUCUGUCUGGAUGAGAGGGAGCCAGCGCCAGAGCUCACAGCUCCAGCUGCGGCCCCAGAACUCCCAGCUGAGGACCCCCGGCUGGACCCCAGAGGAGAGCAGGUGGUGUGGCAGGCCAGUGGGUGGGCAGCGCGCAUCAUCCAGCACGAGAUGGACCACUUGCAGGGCUGCCUGUUCAUUGACAAAAUGGAUAGCAAGACAUUUACAAACGUCCACUGGAUGGAGGUGAAUGACUAAACCUUUCCUGAGGCUUCUGAAAACCAGGACACAAACACUUCAGCUUUGAGCCAGGCUUGUCUUACUUGGCAUUGACUUGCCUCCGACACAAAACAACGGACUUCCGAAGCAUGCCGAACUGAGUUGGAGGAAGAUGUUAAAAACGAUUGCUCCAGGUUGAGCUAUAAAAUACUGCCUUUCACUUGAGAAGAAAACGAACUCCCCUAAAAGAAUGGCCAUUUCCUGAUAAUUUUGUGUGGAGGAUGAGUGGGGCAAUAACCACUCUCAGUAGAUGUGACUUCGUAAGACCUGUGCCAUCUAUUCCCAAAGCCAAGAUUUGGUAAUAAACGUAGUUCCAGAAUAUCUGAAAGCCGUGUUCAAAAAUGCA